GAUAUACCUGCCUGGCCAAACUCUGAGUGUGAUUGAAAUGUCUGGCUCUUUGAAAUAGAUCGACAAUUGAUUGAAUCACUUUGUUAUUUUAAAGUUCCUGCCAAUUGGAAGCCUUCAACUAGUUGUAAUGUUUGAAAUAUGAAAACCAAAUCUGAAUAUGACAAUGCUUCAACAUAAAGCGAUUUUAGAAGAAACUUUUCAUAUAAAAUACAAUGGUGAUGACCUACAUAUGGGACUUGUUUUUAAAAACAGCAACUUCUUAUCAAUAAAAAUGCAAGGGCAAAACAUUGUGUCAGGUGAUAUAGCAAGCUAUGUAGUUGGCAGAGCUAAUCUAGAGGUAUUUUAACAUUUGAAGUCAUUUGUUGAUUGUGUGUGUUUCAUUGAGGUUUAAAGACUCCUGUUAGUGCAUGGUAGAAAAAGGCUUUGAAAGAAACAACACAUCUCUGUAAUAUCGUUACAGGAGUAAAGACUUACAGUGCAGUUGAAUACAAGUUCUUUUAUAUUACUGUAUUGUUUGUUAAUAAAAUGGCGGCACAUUCUGAAAGGAUUAGCUUCUUUUGUUGCGAAUCAUGCAAGAACAAAAAGAAUAUUGAAAAAUAUGCAGUGUAUUACUGUGAACAAUGUCGACAGUGUUUUUGUAGAGAGUGCUGUGAGCUACAUGACUAUUUGUUUAGUAAACAUGUAAAGUAUGACCGGGGAAAUAUGAAGAAGUGGCCAGUCUCAAAGGAGUUGGAGGCUUUUUUGCAAAUGUGUGAAAUACACACUCCUAAACAACUAGAGACCUACUGCAAACAUCACAGUCAACUGUGUUGCUCAAAAUGUGUUCCCUUAAGUCACAGAAAAUGCAAAAUAAUUGCGCUUAACUCAGCCAAGAUACAUGCAGAUGACGUACAUCAACUGUCUGUGAAGCUUCGGAUCAAUAUGAGAAAAUUGAAGCAGCUUCAGUGGUGUUGUGAGUCUGGAAUCCAGGAUCUGAAGAGUUCAUAUCAGGGGCAAGAACGCAUGGUACAAACAAUGAAUAACAAAAUUAAUUCUACUAGGGACAAAAUUGCGAGGAGCACUCUUAAGAAAACUCCUAAAGUUGAACAAAUAAAAAUCCUUAGAUUAAUGCGUUCCACUUUGGAUGAUGUAGAGAAUACUACUAUCAAUGAAACAAAAAGGACACUGUUAAGUCUUGAAGCUUCUCUUGUGACUGGUGUUGAAACCUGCAUCCGUCAUUAUCCUGAAUUGAAACUACUCCAUGAACUCCUUCUGUACAGCAGUGAUAAGAACAAGAAGAAACUCUGCUUUAUAGUCAGCAGAAAAUGCAUUGACAAAAUACAACAAGUUCAAUCAUAACUAUAUGAGAACAGAGAUAAACUUGAAUGUGCCAUAUUAAAGCAGACUAUACAAGACACUGAGCAGUACUUGUUCAAAGUGUCAGGUCUGGGGAUGCUGUUAGGGAGUAUGAAGGCUAACACUGACAUUGAACAGUACAUGUCUAAACUGUCGGGUCUUUUGAUAAUUGUAUGGCGUUGCAAUAACCAUGUGUUCACUGUCCAGUGGAAGUCUGAGCACAAUGUGCACCUAUCAAGUGAUUCAUGCACAUAUAGCAUCUCAGCAAUGUGUAUUCUCCCAAGUGGACAGGUCCUGGUAGCAGACGGAAAUAAUAGAAAAAUCAAGCUGCUGAACGAGCAGUACCGGGUGGUGGAUCACUUGGUGUAUGACAUGCUGAUGGGUCAUCGUUAUGCGAAGGACAUGUGUAUGAUCACACCCAGGGAGGUAGCAGUGGCUGUACAUUGUUACAUAUAUAUGCAUAAAGACAGCAGUGUGGUCCAGUUUAUCACAGUCACCCAGGGCAAGCUUGAGCUUGUUCAAGGCAGAAAUCUUCAGUUACAACAUGGCUGUAGAGGUAUUGCCCACCACCAAGGUGAACUGUUUAUCUGCUCGGGUUCGGUGCUGUACAAGUACUCUCUGAGUGGGAAAAUGAUCAGUAAACUAUACCAGGAUAGAUCAAUAGACAGGUGUGUUGUGAGUCCCACAGGAGACAAGCUGUACAUAAUCAACCGCCUCCAGCACAAGCUCCUCACCCUGGCAAGGGAUGGGACACUUGUGGCUACAUUAACAUUCCCAGCCGUAGAGUCCCCACAGGAUGUACACGUGACCCCUGCAUGCCAGGUGCUGCUGAUCUGUGGAAUGCAGAUACUACAGAUUGACAGUGAGGGUAGAAGCAAGCUGGCCACUCUGGUUACAGACAGGGAUGGAGUGUACUUCCCACUGUCAGUCUGCUUCAGCAGCACCACCUCUUCCAUUAUUGUGGGGAUGUUGAUGAACAACAACAUCAUGGUGUUUAGAGUGAAAUAGUGUGAACAUGUAUACAAUGGUUGUUGUAGUAUGUGAUUAAGAUUACAAUUGCAAUGUGAUGUUGUGUAUAAGAACUUGUAUAUUGAAAUAUGUUCGUAGAUCAGUCAACUCCAAAAUCAAUGUAAAUUAAUGUCCCAAGAAUAAUAAUGAUUUUACAAUAACCUACACACACUUGUUAGCUGACCAAACAGUUUUUCCGAAACAAGGUGCAGGUAAUUAUGAGUUAAAGUUUUUUUAUCUGAUUUUGGGGAAAGGGCCUGGCCUUUUUUGAGGAGAAAAACAAAUCGCGUGAACACCGGAUUUUGUGGAAAAAUAAGGAGUCUUAAAAAAUAAAUUUAACAUAGUUUAAUGUUUUUAAAACAAAUUCAAGGCAACUGAUAAUUUAAUUAUGCAUUUUUUUUCUAUUUUCUACACUAGAUCAGGUUAACUUGUAUAUUAAAUUAAAGGUUUCCAAAAAAAGAAAAAAAGAUUUUUUUUUAGAUAUCAGUGUUUUGGGGAAAAUCACUGUAAGAGGGGAAAAGUACGUCUAGGGGAAAGGGCUGAUAUUCGGCGCGUCUCAAAGAAGGAAAAAAACUGAUGACAGUUACUGAAAACAAACCUUUAUUAGGUUGGAUGUGGGAAUGGCUGUUCAUAUAAUUUCCACACACACUCUAAGUGGCAAAGCUGAGCUUUGGCCAGUAAUAUGGUGGGAUAAUAUCUAAUCUAUUCAACCCGAUCCAUUCUGCAAACAAAUAAAUGUAUCAUGUAUGUGCCUUUCCACAGGUGUAUGACGCGUGAACAAUUCACUGAAACACUAUCAAUAAGUCAUAAAACAACAUUUUUCAUCACUUUGACCACACAAAAAAUUUCGAUAUAAUAUAUAUUAUAUCAGAAUUUUGUUUGGUCAAAGUGAUGAAAAAUGUUGUUUUAUGACAUAUUGAUAAUGUUUGAGUGAAUUGGCCAUGCACCCAACCCCAGCUGUGUGCCUCACUAUAUUCGUGAAUGAAUGUCAAUGUAAGGUCAAUGUUAGCAACCAAUAAUUUGCCAAACUAAUAAAUGAACCUUGCUCUUGGAAAACGGAGUACAUGCAUGAGCAUAAAAAGUCAUUUCAGAUUAGCCUCUACAGUCCACACAGGCUAAUCAGUGACAACACUUUCCGUUUGUAUUGUUGUUUUUCUUUCAAAGGAAGUCUCUUUUUAGCAAAAAUCCAGUUUAGACAGAAAGUGUAGUCCCUAUUCAGUCUGUACAGGCUAAUCUAGGACGACACUACUCACACACAUUACGCCCUGAUUUUACCACACAAGGCUCAAAUAAACUUAACAGUUUAGUACUCCACAAUAUUACUGAAUGAAUAUCAGUGAAAGGUUUAUGUUGGCAACCAAAUGUACGCCCAACAUUUACAUGCAGAAUAACAGCCCCUAAUGGUGGUACAUUUGCGUUUUUUCAAUGUAGUAAAUACGACUUUGUCCGUGGAGAAUUUCUAUAUAACUGGUAUAUGGGUGGAAAUACUAAACAUGACUUAUAAUCUGAUGAGCAAAACAGAUAAUGAUACACUAUUGAAAUUAUGUUUGUAUGUGUAUCAUGUUUUGAACAAAAUUUAAUAAGCUGAUAUAUUUUAAAUCUAACAUGAACACAAUGUAAUACGUUGAUAUAUUUUAUAAUUAUGAUGAUGUUUUCGCAACUACAAACAUGUGUUAUCUUUUGUGUAAAAUACUUUGUAUUUUAGGCCUUUAUUUGGGCCAACGUCCUUUAUUUACUUAACCCUUUGCAUGCUGGGAAAUUUGUCGUCUGCUAAAAUGUCGUCUGCUGAAUUUCUUAAUUAGCAUUUUCUUCGAUUUUUUUCAAAGAAUACUUAGAGGAUAAUACACGGCUGA